UUGAUGUAACAAAAAACAACAACAAUCGUUCUGGAGCCAAAAUUUUCGCUACGAACGCUCGGGAAGCUUCCCUCUUAUCGAAUAAACAAUUGUUUCUCGGUACCUAAUCCCAAUCUACAUGUCCAGUCAUCGUUAGAAACGAUAUUUAGUGUUGUGGCAGCAAGUCGUCGUGUGUGCGUGUGUGGGUCGUCUCGAAUUGUUCACAUUUUUCGGUCUGGCUGAGCAUUUUCUCCCAAUAACUCAAAACAAAUGAGAAUGACAUCGUCCACAAAGAUAAUGCUGAUAGCGUGCGGUUCGUUUAGUCCGCCAACACCGAUGCACUUCCGGAUGUUUGAAAUUGCCCGCGAUCACAUCCAGCAGAUGGGCCUCGGGCAGGUGGUCGGCGGCAUAGUGUCACCGGUGCAUGACUCAUACGCCAAGAAAGGACUGGUGUCGGCGACGCACCGUUGUGCAAUGAUCAAGAUCGGUCUCAAAACCUCCGACUGGAUCCAUCUGUCGGACUGGGAAACGCAACAGGAAGAGUGGACCCGUACGCGCCAAGUGUUGCAGUACCAUCAGAACUACAUAAACUCCUACCUAAAGGAUACGAAUGGGACCAUCAACAACCAACACAUACCGGCCUGGAUCCCGGAAGGCAUCAAGCGAACGGCGGGCCAGGUGCAGCUGAAGCUGCUGUGCGGUGCCGAUCUGCUCGAAUCGUUUGCCACGCCCGGCCUGUGGAAGGACGAAGAUUUGGAGGCGAUCCUGGGCUACCACGGCAUUGUGGUGAUUUCCCGCGCCGGUUCCAACCCGGAGCAGUUCAUCUUCAAUUCCGAUCUUUUGAGUCGAUAUCGGCGCAACAUUACGAUCAUAACGAACUGGGUGACGAACGACGUUAGCUCCACGCUGAUUCGAAAGCUGCUGAGCAGGGGCCUCUCGGUGAAGUACCUUCUGGACGACCAUGUGGCCGAGUACAUUCGAAAGUUCGGCCUGUUCGGCACGAACAAUGAGACUAAGUACAUUCUAACGCCGGGCAGUGCGGCGGAAGCGAUGAGCAUUUCGCCCAUCUCACCCAUCAACGAUCCGGAUCUGUACAUCGAGGCACAAAACCAGCGCAACAAGCCCGGCGCGGCGUCCUGCGAAGCGAUGGAUGAGACGGACUUUCCGAUUCCACCGCUGCCACCGACCACCCUGAAUAAGGUGUUUUGCUGCGCGACGGAAUCGAACUCAAAGCCGGUCUCGCCGGGCACUACGGGUGGUGGUGGCAGUCGGGGAACAUUUCUCAGCAGACCGGGCAGUGCGGUACAGAUUGUAACGACGGCAGCGCCCAUGCCGACCCCGCCACUCGUCACCUCACCGGACGGGACGACGACAAACCCGGCAGGAGCGGCACCAGCCGCUCUUCACAUCACACUGGACGAUGGCACCGCAGGCAAGAAGAAGGUGGGUGAGAAUGCAAACGCAAAGGGCGCUUCUGUACGCGAACCUACAAAACCGAGCACAAACGCUAAACCCAGCACCAACGGCAAAGACAGUACCAGCACAGCAGCCGCCGGUGCACCACCAUCGACCAAACGCACGACAGCGACGGCUGCCAACACCACCGUAGAAACCGUAGCAACCCAGCGGAGUGGUGGUGGUGGUUUUGGUAGUAGUAGUAGUAGUGGUGGUGGCACGAAGCACGUUGCUACGACCAAAUCAAACACCAACGUAGGCGCUACUUUGGGCACAGGCGCGGCACAAACGGCUGGCGGUUCGACUGGACGGAUCAGCCCGUCUCGUAGCUAUGACGAUAUGAUCAAGUUCGUCUUCACCGAGCACGGCAUUAAGGUCAUUAGCGAUCGCGAGUACGUAGUGUAGAGGGAGAGGGGAAAACGGUGCCCACAGUUUCACGCUAGCCAAUUGCACAAAAGUAAACGCGUAAGUACGGACGCUAGAAACGGUGCAAAUGUAGCAGUAGCGUUCGUUGCAAGCUUCCGAGCUUUAGAGGCUGCGAUCGUAUUGUAGAUGCUAAAACCAAAUCUUUGGGGCGCUGUAGUGUGAUGCUUGACUCGUUUGAUUUGCCUUUAACGUCGUAAAAAAGUUGAAGAUAUCCGCCUGUCCAGUGUAAAAAGGUGUUUUUUGGUGCUGUUUUGGCGCAACGGUGAUAUACUCUCUCCUCUUUCCGUACGAAAUCUCGCAUCGAAUGCAAACCCAAUAUUCUAGACACCAAGAGCAGCAUGAUUGAAAGGGGACGUGACGUGUUUUCUGUAGGCGCUAAUAGUUGGAUGUCGUUCAAGCAUAGUUCCUUAAUGUGUUUUUUGUUCUGUUUUUGUUUCUGUUGAAAUAGCUUGUUAAUAUUUAUUUACUAUUACAUCACACACACUUAAACGGGCAGACAUACAAAACAACAACAAAAAAACCGCUGCAUGUACCUUUACUUGAAACCAUUCUCUGGACAAGGGUGACGAUAGGGAGGAGGAUAGGGAGCUCAAAAACGGCCCACACACGGGUCACACCGCAUAUACUCAUCCGUUUUUAGUGGCAUGAAAGGGGUCAAUUUUCGCUCUUUUAAAUAAUGCGCUUCGCAGAAAAAUGCAGCAACACACACCAUUUUACAAAUAACCCGAUUGGUGAGCGAUUUCAUAGUCCAAAAUGAAGGUUUAAAUUGGAAUACGGGGAAUUUACUGGGAAGGCCCAUUACGGUUGAUUUCCUCUUCUCAGCAACGGAAUCGAUGGUGGGGUGCUAGACAGAUAGGUGAAUGUGAUUAGCUGGAAGACUUAAUAAAACUAAGUAGUUACA